AGUAUCUAGUUUGUGUUCGUAUUGUUAGUAGCUGUUUACCGGAGCAAUGCGUAGAUUGUUUUUGUAUUGGUGCCUCGUAGUAGGCGUAAUCUGUGACCGGAAAAAUGACGAGAAUGAGUCUAAGGUUGUUCAUAUUUCCCAAGGAUCUGUUCGUGGAUAUAAGGACCCCGAAGUGGACAUUUUUGUCUUCUACGGAAUUCCAUAUGCCAAGGCACCGACAGGACCCAACAAAUUUAAAGCACCUCUACCAGCACCAAUAUGGUCAGAAACCCUAGAGGCAGUAAAUAAGGAUAUAAUUUGCCAUCAAUCCAAAGAAUUUCUUCAAAUGUAUAAUUUUACAGACAAAAAUAUUCAAGAAGAUUGUCUAAUUGCAAAUGUAUACGUUCCUAACACAAACAAUAAUAAUCUCCCUGUUGUAGUUUAUGUACACGGAGGUGGUUUCCAAAUAGGUUUUGGUGAUUUAGUAACUCCAAAAAAUUUGGUAAAACGUAAAGAUGUGAUAGUCGUGACCUUUAAUUACCGACUUGGAGUACAAGGCUUUUUGUGCUUAGGUACAGAAUAUGCUCCAGGUAAUGCCGGUAUGAAAGACCAGGUUGCAUUACUGCAAUGGGUAAAGAAAAACAUUGCCAGCUUUGGAGGCAAUCCAUAUGACGUCACUUUAGAUGGUUGCAGUGCUGGAUCUGCAGCCAUCGAUCUUUUAUUACUAUCACCAUUAACAGAAGGGCUUUUUACGAAAGCAAUACCUGAGAGUGGUUCUAACACGGCGGUGUGGUCCUUACAGCAAGACCCUCUCAAGAUUGCAAAAGAUUAUGCAAAACUUCUAAAUUUUACGAAUGUUGAUGAUUUUUAUGCUUUAGAAGAAUUCUAUAAGACGGCGUCUUAUGAUAUGUUAGUAUCUUAUGCAUUCUUAGAUAAUACUGAUUCAACUUUUGGAUUUACUUUAUGUGUUGAACGCGAUACGGGAGAAGAUAAGUUUCUUGAUGAUACCCCUGUUAAUUUAUUGAAAAGAGGAAAAUAUAAAAAAGUGCCAUUAUUAUAUGGAUUUACUAACAUGGAAGGAUUGUUUCGUUUACCGCUUUUUGAACAAUGGAGAGACAAAAUGAAUGAAAAAUUUUCAGAUUUUUUACCAGCUGAUUUACAAUUUGAGAAUGAGAAACAGAGAGAUGAAGUAGCUGAGCAGAUUAAAAAAAUCUAUUUUAAAGAUAGUCCAGUAAGUUCAGACACAAUAACUGGUUUUGUCGAUUAUUUCACUGAUAUUGUUUUUGCAUAUCCAGCACUGAGGUCUAUAAAGUUACAAGUCGAAGCUGGUAAUGACAAAAUAUACUUGUAUGAAUAUUCAUUCGUAGAAGAAGUUAAUGUUCCGGAACAAUAUCCAAAUCUCCGAGGAGCAAAUCAUUGUGCUCAAACAAUGGCUGUGUUUGAUGGAACUUUCUUUGCAGAUAGAGAUGAAAAAAAUAUUAGUGAUGAUUUACGGAAUGUUAAAGCUACUGUGAGAGAUCUGUGGUCUAAUUUUAUUAAAACUGGUAAUCCGGUGCCAAAGGGGUCAUCGUAUCCAGUGUGGCCUCCUGCAAAUGCUGGUGGCUCCCCGUACAUGGAGAUAGGAAGGGAGCUGGAGCUGAGAGAGGCAUUAUUGGAGGAACGAGUGCGUUUCUGGGAUGCUAUCUAUGAGCAAUACUAUCGGCCUCCCGUAGCACCACCGGCGCCGCCUGCCAAGCACAGCGAGCUUUAGAUUUUUUUAGAUUAUAAUUUAGUUGUUUUUAAUUUUUAUUAUCUGUUGUUUUAUAUAAUUAAAUAAAAAUAUGUCGCAUGGGUA